UAUAGUAGUCUAUGCAGCACUAAUUUUGUAGAAAUAUGGAAGGUAAAACAAGAUGUUUAGUUCUUCUGUUCUUGGUUAGGGUGUUGACGGUUGUAUCCACGGUCGAGGCGAUAAGGGGAGGUUUAAUUAGAGGCGGGCAGUCUUCAUUUGGUGAUGACGAGUUUAUCUCGGAUGGAGUGGUGGUGAAGGAUGAACAGAAGCAGCCGUGGACGCCGGAGUUAAUCCUUAGUUCUGAUCUUUCUGGUCAUGAAUGCGUGCAGUUCUAUGGCUUCCUCCCCUGCUCUUAUACUCCGACAGGCCACUUAUUUCUUGUUGUGGUCUAUGAAUAUCUCUUGUUCCACGCAGAAUCUUACGUUGCAAAUGGUGGUAAGAGAAUCUUCAAGCUUCAGGGUCCCGGUUUCUUGGGCACCAGCGCUUUCCAAGUCUUAGGAUUCUUACCAGAGGCCAUAAUACUCCUUGCAUCUGGGCUCCUGGAGGAUAAGGAAGUUGCCAAAGAGUAUGUUUUAACUGGUGUUGGUUUACUGGCUGGAUCGACCACUCUUCUUCUUACUCUUCUUUGGGGAACUUGUAUUCUCAUUGCGGCUCAAGAUUUUCCUUCUUCUACAAAUCCCACAAACUUUCUCACAGGUCGUGGUAUAACAACGGAUUCUGAGACUAAACACAUGGCUAGAAUCAUGGUCCUCUCAUUGAUACCUUUUGUUCUGUUUCAAAUUCCAGAAUCUAUGCAUUUAUCUGCGUUUGGAGAUCGGAUAGUCAUCUUAAUCACUCUUAUCUUAUCCGUUCUGUUUCUGCUUGCCUAUUUCCUUUACCAGUUCUUUGAACCGUGGAUCCAAAAAAGGACAUUGGAAUUCCUAAAGCACGAGUACUUUGUAGUAGAUGUUCUUCGGCAUGUGCAGAGACAUGUCAGCAGUAAGAUCCUCACCGAAGAUGGAACACCAAACACGCCGGCUAUAAAAAGGAUGUUUAAACAAAUAGAUGAAGAUGAGAGCAAUUCCAUCUCACUCCCUGAACCUAAGGUAAAAUUCGAAGAUUUGAGCGAGUACUGCAAUGUGUCUGAGAAAAUCAUGAACGAAUUAGACCUUGAUGGCGACAAAUUGAUUACAAAGGAAGAAUUUGUCGACGGAGUUUCAAAAUGGCUAAGCAAGGCAAAACAGGCUGGGGAUAGGAAACACCACACUAUUGAAGAAUUCAAAUGUAUAUACGAGAUAAUACAACCUCAUUUGGAGAAGAAAAUGAAAGAAAAUAAAUUGGAGAAACAAUUGUUAUCUGAAAUUUUAUUAAGCAUUCAUGAUUCUCAAAUUGAGAAGCUUUUACUUCAAGAUAGAACCCCAGAUGAAGAAGCUAUCAAGAGGUUGUUUUUCUCGUCUGAUGUUAACAAAGAUGGUUGUUUAUCCGAGGAGGAGGUAAAAGAAAUUGUCAUGAAAUUCAAUUGCUGCAACAUGCCAAUGGACGUAGACAAAUUAAUUGAGAAGAUUAUGGAGAAGCUUGACAUGAAUCGCGACAGAGUGAUAACACUAGACGAGUUCAUCCAUGGAAUGUCGAAACUGCUUCGUUACUCGGACAGCAUCAGUGGUACAGAUUCCGUAUCUGAGGAUGACCGCCAACAAAGAGAAUGGGAAGUGACGGACAUGUUGGUGGAAGACAGUAAGGUGGACAGGUCUUUGUGGGCGUGGGGGAAAGCGAUAGCGAUUUUAGCGAUUGGGAUAGGAAUGUUAGCGAUUCUAGCAGAACCGCUAAUAAAAAGCGUGGAGAUGUUAUCACGGUCAGCUAAUGUACCGUCUUUCAUGGUUGCUUUCAUACUAGUACCGGCAGCUAUGAAUGCUCGGGCAGUGAUAGGGGCAAUCAGGACUAUAAGUAAGAAGAAGGAAAGAACAACUUCUCUAACGUUUUCGGGGAUUUAUGGUCAAGUGUUGAUGAGCAACACUCUUGGGUUCUCGGUUCUUUUAGCGUUGGUUUACUUUCGGGGUUUGAGUUGGAACUUCACUGCUGAAAUCCUGGCUGUGUUGAUUGUUUGUGCUAUUGUGGGAAUCUCGGCUAGUUUCACCACCAAAUUUCCUGUUUGGGUGUCAAUUGUUGCAUACUUGUUGUAUCCAUGUUCAUUGUUCUUUGUCUAUCUUCUUGAUGAUGUCUUCAAAUGGUCUUAGUUAAGAAGAUGGAUAUUUGUCUAUCAUUAUCAUUUUCUAAGUGUGGUGUGGACUAUCUUUUGUUAAAAAUAAUGGAUCAUCAAUUUUAAUAAACUUGUUAUUUACAUUCCUUUA